AUGUGGCGCCAUGGCCUCGCCGGCAGCACAGCCGGCAGCCGCCUCCAUCUGUCCGCCACCAUCACGAGAACAAGAACGACAACAACCUCAGCUCAGACACUGCGCUUGCCACGCCCUUGGCGAACAAUCGUCACCUCACCAUCACAUCGCCGACCCCUCCACCCCUCAUCCGGUCCCUUCGAGCCCCUCCGACCCCCCUCCCCCUCCUCGCUCGGCGCUCCCCGGGCCGCGAGAUCGUACCCCCGGGCCGAAAAAUACCUCCGCCGCCUCCUCGUCAUCUCUGCGCUCCUCGGCGCCGGCUAUCUAGUAGACUCCCAAAUCUACGCCUCCGGCAUAGCCCGCUCCCUCCGCACCUUUGGCACCGGCCUCCUAGUAGCAGCCGACUACAAGCUCAACUUCCGGCCUCACCCCAUCCCUAUAAUCGGCUCCAAAUCCGGCAUCCCCGAGCUCCACCGCCGCAGCGCGGAGCGCAUGUCCGACUUGCUACGGCACAAUGGCGGGCUGUACCUCAAGAUCGGGCAGGCAAUCGCCAUGCAGAGUGCUGUCUUGCCGCCGGAGUUCCAGAAGAUGUUCGCGAGGAUGUUUGAUGAUGCGCCGCAGGAUGAGUGGGAGCUGGUGGAGAAGGUGAUUAGGGAUGAUUUUGGGGGCAGGUCGGUAGAGGAGGUUUUUGGGGUGGAUUUCACGGGGCGGGAUGAGAGCAAAGGUGUUAUGGAGAAGACUGCGAGGGCGAGCGCGAGUGUGGCGCAGGUUCAUUGGGCGAGGUUGCCGGAUGGGAGGGAGGUGGCGGUCAAAAUUCAGAAGCCCGAGAUUGAGAGGCAGAUUGGGUGGGAUCUGUGGGCUUUCAAGGUAUACACCUGGUGGUUCGACCUGCCAAUGUACUCCAUGGUCCCCUUUGUCAGCGAGCGACUGAAACUCGAAACCGACUUUGAAAACGAAGCGCGCAACUCGGAAGUCAUGCGCGAGCUCAUCAACGACGAGCCCGCUCUCAGAGGAAGAGUUUACAUCCCCCCGGUAUACCCCGAACUGUCCUCCAAGCGUGUCCUCACGACCGAAUGGAUCGAGGGCGUCCGGUUCAACGACAAGUCCGACCUCACCCGCCCCUGGCGAGGCGGUCACGGGAACUACUCCCCAGGCGUCCACGGCGAGCAGCUCCCUUCUCCAGACAUGCCCUCCCUCCGCGCCGCCCUCCGCCAGAACCCGGACCGGCAACGGCUCAAACCCGAGCGCAGCUCCUGGCGCGGACCCAACCUCACCGGCGGGCUAGGCGUCUCCCCCAAGGACGUAAUGACCACCAUCGUUGAUCUAUUCUCGGCCCAAAUUUUCAAGUUCGGCGUCGUCCACUGCGACCCUCACCCAGGCAACAUGUUUGUCCGCCGGCUCCCCAACGGAAAGCCAGAGCUGGUCCUCAUCGAUCACGGGUUAUACGUCUACAUGUCUGACCAGUUCAGGCACGACUACGCCUCCUUCUGGAAGGCCCUCAUGACGUUUGACAACGCCAAGAUCGUCCAGAUCGCAUCGGGUUGGGGGGUGAAAGGCGCGGAGAUGUUUGCCUCGGCCACACUGAUGCGGCCGUACGAAGGAGGCGAAAACAAGGUUCAGAAGGAGUUCCUCAAGGCCAUGAAGGCCAGGUCGCCGAGCGAGAGGAAUUACGAGAUGCAGAGGAGGAUGAAACAGGGAAUAAGGGACAUGCUCGCCGACGAGGAGAAGUGGCCGAAGGAGUUGAUCUUUAUCAGCAGAAACAUGAGGAUUGUGCAAGCCAACAACGCCAACAUGGGGAGCCCCGUGAACAGGAUCAAGAUCAUGGGGGUCUGGGCCAGCAGGAGUCUGUGGCAGGAUAAAGGGUUGGGGUGGAGGGAGAGGGUGGGAAAUGCGUGGAGGCAUUUGCUUUUCAAAGGGGUUUUGUGGGCGAGCGAUGCCGUCUGGUGGUUCUUUCGGGUGAAGCAGCUGCUGGGGAGGGGAGGGGGGAUGGAGGACGAGGUGGAGGUGAAGAUGAGGGAGAUGGCGAGGGAGAUGGGGAUUGAGUUGCAGCAUGAUGUUUUUGCGGGGUGA